AUCGGUUUUACUAAUCGUGUGUUAGGUUUACAUGUAAUUCAGUGCUAAGUAUUCAUUGCUUGCAGUGUGUGUUUUGGGACAAAUUGGGACCACUUUGCGCUCAUCGCUAACGGGAAGUGAGAACUGAAUCGCCGGACGAGCGCUCUUUGGCAAACAUUUUUGGGACACUCUUAUGGUCAGCGAUGGUUGUGAUGAUAGACCACCACAAGAGACCACAACUCACUACAAUUGAAUCAAUGGUCAACACAAGCAAUGAGAACCUAAUGUGUGAGCUGUCGGUGCGGCCUAUGAUUGGCACACAAGUGAUGGCCAAUUGGUCUGAUUGUGGGUAUAGUUUGGGAAUAGUGUCAGAGUUGACAGGACUGGGAGGGCAGUGGUAG